UAAUACAUUCUGAUCAAAUGUAUGAGCAGCAUAAUUCACAGCACCCUCUCUGGAAGUGCAGGCUAAAAUUAAAAAGCCGAAACACAACACCAUCUAAUUCAGCUGUUAACACUUUGUCAUAUACUGUAACACUGGUUAGCUAACGUUAGCGAACUAGCUUAAAGACAGCGUUACAUAGAUAGCUUAAAGCGAACCGCCUAAUAACAACGGUGAAAAUGGCUAAUUAACUAGUCUCCAUUUCUACUAAUUUCGCGACGACCUCGUAUAAGUUUUUUUACAUUCCCCACAAAGCUACAGUUAGCUAGUGAAUGUUACUUGACCUGAAAGGCGACCAACAGUCUGGCUGUGGCUGGUGCUCAUACUCGUUAACGUAGCUGACUUUAUAUCAAGUGAAGCGAUUGUAUUUACCAAACAUGACUUGUGCAGGAGAUGAAGACGAUCCGUUCCCUGUUGAUGACUGUCUGUUUGCGGAAACAUUUUCUCAAGACACCAUAUAUACUUUAGUCGGCCAAGAGCUAAAGAUAAGACAGGUGUUUGGUGCCAACCUCGGCGUGGCUGCCCCGGUCUGGGAAGCUGCGCUACACUUGUGUCGUUACUUCGAUGAGCAGUCGGUGGAGUUGAGAGGAAAGCGCAUCAUAGAGCUGGGAGCAGGGACUGGUGUGGUUGGUAUCUUGGCAGCACGCCUCGGUGCAGUCGUGACCCUCACAGACCUUCCUUUGGCUCUCCCCCAACUUCAGGUUAACAUCUCUGCUAACAUGCCAUCCAGUGGUUGGCCUACCAGCCUUCCCACCGUUCUCCCUUUGUCCUGGGGUGAGGACCACAUGAACUUCUCUUCUGACUGGGAUCUGGUGCUCUGUGCAGAUAUAAUUUACCUCCCAGAGACUUACCCACUGCUAGUGGAGACACUAGCCCAUUUGUGCAAGAAUGGAGCCGUGGUAUAUCUCUCAUCCAAAAUGCGAAAAGAGCAUAAGACUCCAGGUUUCUAUGAGGAAUGUCUGCCAAGAAGAUUUAAUGUGGAGCUUGUUCACUAUGAUGGCAAUCAAAACAUUAACAUCUACAGGGCAUCUUUGAGGAAAGAGCAGUGACAACCUGCUACAGGCAUGGGACUUGGAUUAGUUACUGCACUAAGACCAGUUAUGACUGUUUUUUGGGUGCCUUUUAAAAAAAUUUUUGAAAAAAAACAAACAGUGAAAGCUGUGUUUUACAAAAUGCACAGCUGUCAUCUUGGAUAAUCCAAUGUUGAUGUCAGCCUUCUAUCAAGUGACUGCAAUUUGAGUUUCAGAUCAUUUUUAACUUUAAGCUGCAAUUUUGUGUUUUAUAAUGCAACUACAACUUGUUACACUUAUUUGUACCCUUGUCAACACUGAAGAGAGCUUGCUCUCAUUGGGUUCCCCCUGUAUUAAAUGUUUUAGUCAAUCAAUUCUAUAAAUCUAAAGAUUU